AUGGAUUAAUCACUAUUAGCUAAGAAUGAUAGGACAUUAGAUCAAUCUCAACAUCAGGAUCUAAUCAAGAAUGAUUUGAGGCAAUUCAUGCCUGAGCAGGAAAUUAAAGAAAUGGGAAUUUGGAAUAAACUAUUUUUCUCUUGGGCGAAUGGCUUGAUAUCUUUUGCAAAAAAGAAUUAAAUACACAUCAAUCAGAUGGGUAAAAUUAAAGAUCAGGAUAGAGUAGAGCUUUAGUAUAAUAAACUUAAGAAAAGUUGGAAACUAUACAAAAAUAGAAAGGGAAAUUCACUAUUUAAAGCAGUGCUUCAUGCAUAUAGAUAUGAGUAUUUCAUAGCAGUAAUAUUUAACUUGGUUGUGACUUCUAUCGAAAUAAGUUCACCUCUUCUAAUAAAAAGAAUUAUAGACUAUAUUCAAGAUCCAGAUGAGGAGUAAUACAUUGGAUUUCUGUUGGUCACAACAUUGAUAGUUACUCAAGGCUUCAAAUAUAUUCUUUCAGAUCACCUUGACUACUACUAGAGAUUGAUCGGAGUAAGAUCUACGAAUGCAAUGAUUGCAUUGAUUUACAAUAAAACUUUGAAAGUUUCAAGCGCUACAAACAAGAAAUUUUCAAAUGGAGAAAUUGUUAAUUUCAUCUAAGUUGACGCAUAGAAACUAAACAUUAUAUCUGAAAAUCUAGCUACUGUGCUAAAGUAGCCUGUUUUAUUAAUAACCUGCAUAGUCUUACUGUUUCACUAUAUGGGAUCGUCAUUCCUUGCCGGAGUAGCUGUAACGGCUGCUGCAUUUUGUGUAAAUCUAUUUGUUAACAAGUUCUCGACCAGAUAUCAAACUGCUUACAUGAAACUUUAGGAUCAAAGAGUUAACCUAACAACAGAAUGUUUAAACAACAUUAAAAUGCUUAAGCUAUAUUCCUGGUAAGAAGCUUUUGAAAGGAUGAUAGGGUAAAAAAGAUCGGAAGAGUUGGCUGUUCUCUGGAAAAUAUUUACAGUCAGCUGUGUUAACAUGACGUCUCAAUACUUCUUUCCAUCAAUAUUAGGUGCUGCUGUGUUUUCAGCAUAUAUCGGUAGUGGGAAUACACUUGACCUUAGUGUUGCUUACACUGUUAAUACUAUAUUUAAUUUGUUAAAGAGUUCACAGUUGCAAUGA